AUACUUCCAUCUCUAACUACCUUGAUUAAAUAGAUUGGUCAUUUGUAAACAUGCCUAAAGAAAAUUAUAAACAAAAAGUUAGAGACGUCUGGCUACAGAGCUCAGAAUUCAAGGAAUGGCUGAGAAAGGACUUGACUGAUUUGACAAGGGCUUAUUGCAGCUAUUGCAAGUGUAGCAUCAACGCUAAAUUGUGUGAUUUGCGGGUACAUGCAAUUUCCAAGAAGCACACCGGAGCCCUAAAUGCUUUCGCCCAAAAAAACAAAAUUGAAUUCAAAAAAAUGCCGACCAAGACCAUAGAACAGGAAGUAGCACUGUGUCUUUUUGUGGCAAAGCAUACAGCAAUAAGCCCUGUUGACCAUCUGAGCAACAUAUGCUCCACAAAAUUUGAUGACAGCAGUAGUGCUUCUCGCAUUAAACUUCAUCGAACGAAGUGUACACACAUUAUAAAAAAUGUUCUGGCUGUCCAUUUUUACGAUGACCUCCAUAGAGAUAUUGGAGACAAAAAAUUUAGUUUACUUCUGGACGAAUCGACAGACAUAAGCUUUACGAAACUUCUCGGUGUGGUAGUUAACUACUUUUCUGCAGAACAUGGAGUAGUUGUAUCGACGUUCCUUAGCUUGAUACCCGUAGAAAGUGGAGAUGCAUUGUCAAAAAAAACUUAAGUAAGUCGU